AUGAUUUGGUAUGUGGCCACUUUGAUAGCAAGUGUAUUCAGCACCCGAGGAACGGCAGCUCAAGGUGCCCACGGAGUAAGAGAGGAGCCCCAGUUUGUGACAGCCCGUGCUGGGGAAAGUGUAGUUCUGGGAUGUGAUGUGAGCCACCCACUCAACGGCCAGCAGACUCCCUACGUGGUGGAGUGGUUUAAGUUUGGUGUGCCUAUUCCCUUUUUCAUCAACUUCCGCUUCUAUCCUCCUCAUGUGGACCCCGAGUACGCUGGCAGAGCCAGUUUACAUGGCAAGGCCUCUCUGCAGAUUGACCAGGUGCGCUCAGAGGACCAAGGCUGGUACGAGUGCCGAGUUCUUAUGCUGGAACAGCAGUACGACACCUUCCACAACGGUAGCUGGGUGCACCUCACGGUUAACGCGCCACCCACCUUUACGGACAUACCGCCGCAGUAUGUGGAGGCGAGAGAGGGGGGCAGCAUCACUCUGAGUUGUACUGCGUUUGGAAACCCAAAACCAGUCAUCACCUGGCUAAGAGAGGGGGAGCAACUGGCAACUGACAAAAAAUACACGGUAAGUGAUGGCAGUCUAACAGUCCAGAUCAUCACGCGGGAAGACAGAGGGGCCUACACCUGCCGUGCUCACAGUGACCAGGGGGAGGCAGUGCAUACCACCCGCCUGCUGGUACAAGGACCUCCGUAUAUUGUCUCACCGCCAGAGAACGUUACCGUAAACAUAUCCCAGAAUGCCCUCUUCACGUGCCAAGCUGAAGCAUAUCCUGGCAACCUUACCUACACCUGGUUCUGGGAGGAAGAUAACGUCUACUUCAAGAAUGAUCUGAAGCUCAGAGUGCGCAUUCUGAUUGACGGCACUCUCAUCAUCUUCAGAGUGAAGCCAGAGGAUGCUGGGAAAUAUACCUGCAGUCCUAGCAACAGCCUGGGCAUCUCUCCGUCUGCCUCCGCCUACCUGACGGUGCAGUAUCCUGCCCGGGUCGUGAAUAUGCCGCCAGUCAUCUACGUGCCGAGAAAGUUGCCAGGAAUUAUUCGCUGCCCUGUGGAUGCCAACCCACCUGUGACUUCGGUCAGAUGGGAAAAAGAUGGCUACCCAUUAAGAGUUGAGAAAUACCCUGGUUGGAGCCAAAUGGCAGAUGGAAGCAUUCGAGUGGCAGAGGUAACAGAAGACUCCCUUGGCACCUACACCUGUGUGCCUUACAAUGUCCUAGGUACCAUGGGACAGUCCCCCCCAGCCACUCUGGUGCUAAAGGACCCACCCUACUUUAAUGUGAGGCCUGGGGGGGAGUACCGUCAGGAGGCUGGGAGAGAGCUGGUCAUUCCCUGUGCUGCUUCUGGAGACCCUGAGAUCCCAACGAUCACGUGGAGAAAAGUAGGGAAGCCCAGCAGAAGCAAGCACAACGUCUUACCCAGUGGCAGCUUACAGUUUCUGUCUCUGAGCAAGGAGGACCAUGGGGAGUGGGAAUGUGUCGCUACCAACGUUGUCACAAGCAUCACUGCCAGCACACGACUUUUUGUAAUAGGCACUAGUCCACAUGCGCCAGCCAACAUUCAUGUAUCUGCAACCACAACCUCAGCUAAUGUCUCCUGGGAACCUGGCUACGACGGAGGCUUCGAACAGACAUUUUCAGUGUGGUAUGGUCCUGUGAAGAAGAAAACAGAUCUUGGGCCACAUGAUUGGCUCUCCUUGCCUGUCCCGGGCUCCCAAACAUGGCUGUUGGUACAGGGAUUGGAGCCAAAGACUGCCUAUCAAUUCAGUGUGCUGGCCCAGAAUAAGCUGGGUACGGGCCCUUUCAGUGAGGUAGUCACUGUGAAUACAGUAGUGUACCCCAUAAGUACCCCUGAACCACUGGUGCUUCUUACUCCACCAAGGUGCCUCACAGCCAAUCGGACACAGCAGGGUGUACUGUUGACAUGGCUUCCUCCAGCCAAUCACACUUCCCCUAUAGAUCGCUACAUCAUCGAGUUCCGUCUGGGAGAGAGGUGGGAAGUGCUAGACGACUACAUCCCAGCAGCUGAGACUGAGAUAAUGGCCAGAGACCUUGUCCAGGACUCAUGGUAUGAAUUCCGUGCGUUGGCUGUCAUGGAUGAUCUUAUUAGUGAAAGCAGUAAUGUAGUGGGAGUGUCAAGUACAGACCCCUUCCCUCCCACAGAGGUUUCAGAUGAGGGCCUGGCCCGGCCGGUGGUGGCUGGUAUCGUGGCUACUAUUUGCUUCCUUGCUGCCGCCAUCCUCUUCAGCACACUUGCUGCAUGCUUCGUGAAUAAGCAGCACCGCCGAAAACUCAAACGGAAACGAGAUCCUCCUCUGUCCAUAACACAUUGUAGGAAGAGCUUGGAAUCACCGCCUCCACUUUCCCCCUUGCCUGGCAUUGAGCCCUACUGGGAAGAGCCAGACAGGAGCAGCUACAGGCCCCCUUCCACCAGCCCUCAGCUGUCCUCUGGGAAGAUCAGUCCAGAGAGCAUCCCCUCCUCACGUCCGUCUUCUCUGGCCAGCGUCGGAGGGCACGGCCUCUACGUGAAGAAGCUCCCCAGCCCUAGGAAAGAGAAGGAACUCUCCCUCUACAAGAAAACCAAGAGAGCAAUAAUUAGCAAGAAGUAUAGCGUGUCCAAGCACGAGGCCGAAGUCACAACCCCCAUCGAGCUGAUAAGCCGCGGGCCGGACGGCCGCUUCGUUAUGGACACGACAGACCCGGAGGCGUCCCUCAAGCCCCGUCGCAUCGAGGGCUUCCCCUUCGUGGAGGAGUCAGACCUGUAUCCCGAGUUCCGGCAGUCGGACGAAGAGAACGACGACCCAGGGCCCCUUCCCCCAGUUAUGGCCACGCUCAGACCCCAGAUUUCCCCAGUCUCCUCCAGCCAGGAAUCCUACAUGCAGCCCCCAGCCUACAGCCCCCGCUUCCAGAGGCCCAUGGAAGGUAUGAGCAUUUUGGAGGGUAGCCGGCUUCACGCCACAGGCCAGAGUCGAGUCUCUCACUUUCACAGGGUCUUUCCUCCUGGCCCGUUCUAUGGCUAUCUAGGUAGCGCAGCCGAAUCAGAGCUGCACCCUCCUUUUUACAUGCCUGACAUCAGCCCGCGUAGCUCUGCCAUGUCCUCACCCCCAUACCCCCCCGAGGGGCCUUUCCGCCAUCCCACCAUCCCAGAGGAGAGGGAGGAGCUGAGGAUCCACCAGUACGCAACCUCUAGCCACGCCCUCCCGCUGGCCCGCAGCCCUCCCUCGCCCUCUCGUUCGUCUGAGAUCUGGCAGCCUCCUGAUUUCCCCUUUGUGAGUCAGGAGGGGCCCCGUCUCGCCCUGCCACCCCACCACCCCUCACAUCUUCACCGGGACCUCCCCGAGCCCCCGCCAUACCCCUCCCAUAGCCGCACGUUCAGCAGUGCUCAGCUCCCCUCCGGCUCUGCCUUCCUGCAGCUGGAGCCCCCCAGGGCCCACCUGAGCAGAUCUCCUGGCAAGUUCCCCACUCAGGGCCCUCCGGCCAAGCAUGUAACUAUGCAACAGGCCCAGAGUCUAGGGCAGUUGAGACACACUGCCCAUGGUAUGGGUGUACCAGUGUUGCCUUACCCGGGUGUGGCGGCCCGUAUGGGGAGCCCCAGUACACUGCACAGUGAGAGUUCAGACACCUGGAGGCCUGAGCCACAGUCCUGGCUGAGCCCCAGGACGGCGCGGCGGAUGGAUCUGGGCCUACAGCAGGUGGUCCUGCAGCCGUCUCGACUCUCCCCGCUCACCCAGACCCCCCCGAGCUCGCACGCUGGCUCCCCAGAUAUCCUAGUUCGCCCUCCGCCCCGUCGCAGCAUCCUGCGCUCCUCCCGCUCUCAGGAGAUGCCGGAGUCGGCGCGUCACCCGGCCAGCGUCUCGUUCUCCCGACGGUCCCUCUCUUCCCCAGCCACUUCACCCAUCCAGGGCGAGAGUAGCAGACGGCUAAGCCCCGGCUACCACGCCCACAUGGCAUUUGCCACCGCAGCAGCCAGCUACCCCUCUCAGUCCCCCUCACCCCCUGUGGAGAGCAGUGAUGUUUUCGGGCAGAUGCCAUCCCAGAGAAGGACUGAUGAGGAGAUGCUGCCCUCAGAGCCCUCCCCAGGGCAAUGUCUAGGUGCAGUGAGAGUACCUGCAGGGUCUGAGAGCUUUGAAGCACUGAUUAAUCAUUGCAUUAAAAAAGCCAAAAAAGUGGCUGCCAACAACAACAACAAUUCCAAAUCCAAGAGAAGACAAGACGUGUCGACCUCUCAGACCCAGCAGCUCCACACACCUCAGGCAGCACUGGCCGAAGAAGAACUCUGCUCUCCCCAGAAGAGGAAGAGGAAAAGACCCAUGAGAAAAUCUCCCUAUUUCCAUCUCUCCUCCUUACUGCGCUGGACUCAUCCCAGGGAGGACAGGAAGGCCCUUCUGGCCAGUAUGGACACUCUCCCUCCAAACUAUGGCACUCUACUCUAA